ACGUCAUUUCAAAUGCAUGAAAAUAACAAAGAUGGCCGAAGAACAGGAGGUGAUCCAAAUAGAGCUUCUGUGUAAGCAACUCUAUGAAUCCCAAGAUCAGUCUAUACGCGAUCAAGCUGAGAUUGCAGUUGUUAGAUUUCAGGAGUCUCCGGACACUCUGAGCAAAUGCCAGGCGUUACUUGAGAGGUCCAGCUCGAGCUACUCGCAGCUGUUGGCUGCUACCACCCUCUCCAAACUUAUAAGCAGGUCGACUACUAGUUUCACAGUGCAGCAGCGUCUGGACAUACGCAACUAUGUCCUCAACUACCUCGCGACCAGGCCGAAACUCGCCCACUUUGUUGUUCAGGCGCUCGUAUCGUUGUUCGCGCGCAUCACCAAGCUGGGUUGGUUCGACACUGUCAAAGAGGAGUUUGUAUUUCACAGUGUCAUGAACGACGUGGCUAGCUUUCUGCAGGGCCCCGCGGAGCUAUGCACGAUCGGUGUCCAGCUGUUGUCGCAGCUGGUGGUGGAAAUGAACCAGAUCUCCGACGUGGACGCGAGUCGCUCCAUCACCAAAAACAGAAAGAUUGCAGCGUCUUUCAGAGACACGCAGCUGUUCGAGAUGUUUCGACUCGCCUGCUCGCUGCUCGGUGCGGCCAGGGGCGAGGCGGUAAGCGAGGCGCGAGGCGAGUCUCACGCUUUGCUUGCCGCGUUACUGCGUCUGUCGCAAAACUGUCUCACCUUCGAUUUCAUCUUGACGUCCAGCGACGAAUCGUCCGAUGACCUAUGCACCGUGCAGAUUCCAACAUCCUGGCGCUCUAUGUUUCUGGAAGCCGGUACCCUGGAGCUGUUCUUCGAGCUGUACCACAGCGUCCAAGGCACCAGUUGUAGCUUGUCACUGGCCUGUAUCGUCCAGUUGGCAUCCGUGCGCCGAUCCCUCUUCAGCAACAGCGAGAGGUCCAAGUUCCUCACCCGUUUGUGCACCGGCAUCAUGCGAAUACUCGAGGACACGCAGGGUCUAUCGGAUCCCACAAAUUACCACGAGUUCUGCCGUCUGCUGGCCCGCCUCAAGUCCAACAACCAGCUCGGGGAGCUUGUGGUGGUAGAGGGGUAUCCUCGACUGAUCGAGCUGAUUGCCAAGUUUACCGUUCAGAGCUUACAGAUGUGGCAAUUCGCGCCGAACUCUGUCCAUUACCUACUCUCGAUGUGGCAACGCAUGGUCGCGUCCGUGCCGUACGUGAAAGCGUCCGAACCGCACUUGCUUGACGUUUACGCGCCCGGCGUGACCGCGGCCUACGUCACCUCGCGGCUGGACUCCUGCGCUUUGAUAGUGAGGGAGGGGCUCGAAGAUCCGUUGGACGAAGUCGGCACGUUGCAGCAACAGUUAGAACAGUUGUCGGUUAUCGGCAGGUGCGAAUACGGGAAGACCUGCCAGCUGUUGGUGGCGCAUUUCGAUCGUGCAGCUGCCAGCUACAGUGUGGAGACCAAUCCGCAACAGCUGUUGCAACUUCAAGGUCAGCUGACUUGGUUGGUGUACAUAAUCGGCGCGGCAAUCCUCGGCCGCGCGUCUUACAACACUAGUGAGGAAAACGACGCCAUGGAUGGAGAGCUCAUCUGCAGGGUGCUCCAGCUGAUGGACUUGACGGACUCCCGGUUGGCCUCCGGCGGUUGCGAGAAACUCGAGCUGGCCAUGAUGUCGUUCUUCGAAGCGUUCCGAAAGAUCUACGUGGGGGAGCAAGUGGUGAAGAACAGCAAAGUCUACAGGCGACUCAGUGAGGUGUUCGGAUUUAGCGACGAGAGCCAACUGCUAAGCGUUAUUAUUAGGAAAAUUAUAACAAAUCUGAAAUUCUGGGGCAGUUCGGAGCCUAUAAUAUCGAAGACCCUUGGGCUGUUGAGCGAGCUAAGCGGAGGGUACUCUUGCGUGAGGAAACUAGUCAAGCUGGAAGAGGUGCACGUUAUGCUGACGCACCACACGGCUGAACACUUCCCAUUUCUCGGUAUGGGCGCCAACACGGUAGAGAUGCGGUGCCGCAGUAUGCUCUACGCUGCUCUCGGGAGGCUGCUGAUGGUGGAACUUGGCGAGGAUGAGGAGAGGUUCCUCGCGUUCAUGAUGCCGCUCACAGCCGCCUUCGAGAGUAUAAUCAGUUCCGGUAUGUUGAACAACGCGGAAAGUCCCAUGUUCGCUUCCGAGGAGGCGAAGAAGACACUUAUAGGGCUCGCGAGGGACUUAAGAGGCCUCGCAUUCGCUUUUAACACGAAGACUACGUAUAUGAUGCUUUUCGAUUGGAUUUACCCGGUAUACAUGAAGGUGUUGCUGCGCGGGAUAGAGGUGUGGUUCGCUGAGCCAGCUGUGAGCACGCCCGUGCUCAAGUUGACGGCGGAACUUGCUCAAAACCGCAACCAGCGCCUGCAGUUCGACGUCUGCUCGCCUAACGGGAUCCUGUUAUUCCGGGAACUGUCCAACAUCAUCUGCGCAUACGGCAGCCGAAACCUGACAAUAGAUGUUAACAAAAAGCAAAUGUACGCUAUGAAGCUAAAGGGUAUAUCACUAUGCUUCUCUAUUCUGAAGGCGGCCCUGUGCGGAAACUACGCAAAUUUUGGUGUGUUCAGAUUAUACGGUGACGAAGCACUCGACAACGCACUGAAUAUGUUCGUCAAAUUGUUGCUCAGUAUACCACAGGGCGAUCUAUUGGACUACCCGAAGUUAUCACAGAACUAUUACGUCCUUUUGGAGAGGCUCGCCCAAGACCACAUGCCGUUCCUGGCGUCCCUACAACCGGAUGCAACGCUCUACAUCCUGUCUUCGAUAUCCGAGGGUCUUACGGCUUUGGAUACGAGCGUGUGUACGGGAUGCUGUGCGACAUUGGACCACAUAGUUACCUACUUGUUUAAGCAGCUAGUGCAAAAGACGAGAAACAAAGUGUCAAAUCCCAGGCACGGCCUCCCGGAGCCGAGUAACUUGUUCAUUGAGGUCCUGCAGAGGCGACCGGAGAUCAUGCAACAGCUCUUAGCCACGGUACUGAACCUGAUAAUGUUCGAGGAGUGCUGCAACCAGUGGUCGAUGUCCAGACCCUUGCUGGGCCUGGUGUUGCUCAACGAGGAGCAGUUCGCGCAUCUGCGAGCCGAAAUGAUAGCUCAGCAGCCAAGGGAGAAGCAGGCGCAACUGGCUCAAUGGUUCACCAGCCUGAUGGCGGGCAUCGAGCGGAACCUACUCACCAAGAACCGUGACAGGUUCACCCAAAACCUGUCGAUGUUCCGGCGGGACAUCAACGACCUGCUGAAGGGCAGCUCUGGAUAUUCCAACUCCGUCAACGACAUGAUGACGUCAUAACCAAAACGUUAGAAAUAAGUCAUUCUACCCCCUGUUCUCAGGUUAAUGUAAGAUGUUACGGUUAGAGUUUUAGAAUCGGGCUUCUCUAUGACUUGUUUUGAUGACCAUCGAGAUGGCUGGAGUUCGAAACACGACGGAAAAGUGAUCUAAAAUUUAAUUUGCCGGCGUCGGAUUGGUGAACUUCACACGCCAU